AUGGAGACCCUGGAUGAAGCUGAACUCUGCUUUCCACAACUCCUAAACAGCUCCUGCAGGAAGCCGACGCGCCCUCGCUCUGGAGUUACGCUCUUCUAUUUUCUGUCCCUCAUCUCUGUGCUCACUACAGCUCUUAACCUGCUGGUCAUCAUCUCCAUCUCCCACUUCAGGCAGCUCCACACCACCACUAACCUCCUCCUCCUCUGCCUGGCUGUCUCAGACUUUCUCGUGGGCCUUGUUGUGAUGCCGGCUGAUAUCAUCUUAGCAGACACCUGCUGGUUCUUGGGUGACCUCGUAUGUGCUGUGUAUUAUUUGUUACCCUUCAUCAUCGUCUCAGCCUCAGCAGAAAGCAUGGUGCUCAUAUCAGUUGACCGCUACGUGGCUAUCUGCUACCCUCUGCAUUACCCCAACAAAGUCACUCUAAAGAGAGUCCGAGUCUGUGUUUGUCUGUGUUGGAUCUACUCUCUUAUUAUCAGCAUUGUUAUUUUAUAUGACCACCUGAAAAAGCCAGGCAGGUAUAAUUCAUGCCACGGAGAAUGUGUGUUUGACAUCGCAGGAGAUGUGGACCUUGUUUUGAAUUUUAUCAUUCCCAUAUUUAUCAUCAUAAUUCUGUACAUGAGAGUGUUCAUGGUGGUUGUCUCUCAAGCUCGGGCCAUGCGCUCCAACAUUGCAGCUGUCACGCUCCGGCGCUCAUUGACUGUAACUGCCAAGAGGUCUGAGCUGAAAGCAGCCAGGACUCUGGGUAUUGUUGUCGCUGUGUUUCUGAUGUGUUACUGUCCAUAUUACUGUAUGGCUCUCACAGGUGGCAAAAUAAUGAUCGGCUCCUCAGCUGAGGCCUUCAUGGCUUUUCUGAUGUAUUUUAACUCCUGUCUCAACCCUGUGAUCUACGCCUUUCUCUACCCCUGGUUUAGGAAAGCUGUCAGACUCAUUGUUACAUUUCAGAUCAUGCAGCCUGACUCCUGUGAGGCAAACAUACUGUAG